UAAUUUGGUCUUUAAUCAACAUGUAUAGCGGACUGUUUCCGAAGGGCGUUUCUGAAGCUGAUUUAAGUUCCGACGAAGACGAUGUUAUAGAAAACAAAAAACAAGGCAUAAAAACUGAAGGUUUGAAUGAAUGCACGCCGUCACGGUUUGACGACACGUCAGAAUUUGCGUCAGACCCAGUUCCAACUCCGAUCAGUGCGUUUUCCAGCGAAAGAGAUUUAGCUGAAAAUGAAGCAUCUUCAAACCACUGCUUACCCGGAGUUCCUGUGGAUAAAUGGCAAAAAUUCAAAGACCUACAAAAGGCAAAAGAGAUUCAGAGGAUGACACAAGUCCUACCAAGACGACAGAGAAAAAAGCGCCACAAGAAAGACAAGAGUGGAACGCCAAGCACACAGCCUGAUACCUCAAGUGAGCUUGAGGAACAGCGAAAGAAACACUGGGAGGAGCUAACUCAGUAUUUUGCCGUCAAUGAUAGAUUUGAGCCACCUCCUUGUAGCAGGCCUCCUCGAAAGUCAGGCCUAGAAAAGAGCAUAGAGAGUGCCAUCGCUGAAGGGGACUAUGGGAAGGCGGAGGCGCUGAGUGACAGACUGGCCACGCGAGAGCUGGCCGUGAAAAUCUCACAAGCUGUCGAUUGCCGUGACUACGUGAAAACUAAACAGGAAGCCGAGGCUUCCCGAGCAACCCAGAAAAGGAAGAAGCAAAUCGCUUGGGGGUUUGAAGCAAAGAAACGAUGGGAAACCAAAAGCAAUAUGGGAUACAUGUGAAGUCCCUCUGUGUAACUGUGCAUAUUAACAGUGUGUACAACCAGUAAUGAACUGUUUUUCUGCAGUGAUGAGGCACGGUCAGGGUUUGCUGUUGAAGUCCUGACCAAGACAAACAAAUGUUUUCCAGUCAUGUGUUUUUCCUUUUUUUUUUAGAAAACAAAAUUGCCAGCAUCAACAGUGAGACUGUAAAUAUGAGUGUAUUA